AUGCCACAGGGCAACACUUGCGCCCGAUCGGGACAAAUGGAAGUACGUGCUACUGGUACCCGCUCGGCCGAAUCGAUGAACAACGGGAGCACAAGUGAUAAAGAGUUGCGUAAUUACAUCUGCCGGAACGGUAAUUGCAAGUUGGAGUUCGACGGAUUGAGAGACGAAUGGAUAGCCAUUAAUGACAAUGGAUGCUAUCAGGAAUAUGAAGCAGAGCUUGAGGAAAUCGUUGAAUUCUGUCCACUACAAUGCAGCGGAGCAACUCGUGCUACUAUAAUUGAACAGCUUCCAUAUAGCGAAAAAUGUGUGGUCGGAAACAAUGUGAACGUUAUACAGCGGCGAAACGAUUGGUUCCUGUGGAGAGGUGAAGAAUGUCAACGAGAACCGAGUAUCUUUAAAAUUGGAUGCACAUAUGAAAAAACAGCUGUCAAAAAAGAAGAGAAGAUGCCCAUGGUGAAGUCACCCAAAUCCCGAGAACGAAAGAUCGCAACACAAGAAGGCCAACUCAUACUAGUUUCGGCGGCCACCAAAGAGUCCGAAAACUCAGUUGAAGCCGAAAAACCGCCCAAAACCGAUGCCGAUGACAACGUUGUUAAAGAAGUGGACCUUCUGCUCAAAGCAAUGUUUCCAAACUAUCGUGAUUAG